AUUUUUUUAACGAAUACGAUAACAUAUUACUUAGCAAACAUUUCUAACAAAUUGAAAAUGUUUUCGAAAAGAAAAAAGAAACCACAAAUAUCGAUGCCAAGUAACUUUGAACAUCGAGUUCACACAGGUUUUGACAAAUUGGAGGGACGCUAUGUUGGGUUGCCUUUGCAAUGGGCGUCCAUAGUCGGCAACAAUCAAAUACUUAAGUCAACAAACCGACCCCUCCCACUAGUCGAUCCCUCCGAAAUAACUCCGACAGAGAUUUUGGAUUUGAAAACGAUAGUUAGACCUCAUAACAACAAUAAAUUAGAUAGUGUCUCGUUGAAUAGUACGAGUGGCACAUUAACACUUAAUCAAGACGGGGGAGCGCCACCUACAAAUGGUGGGUUAAUUCUUCCGAAAACUUCUCACGUUGCUCGAUCGAAUUCGUUGAGAAGUUCAAGCCCGCCAAGAGUGCGGCGUGAUUUACGUGGCAAUGCAAAUGUUCCGCCAGCAGUGCCAGAAGAGCCUUCAGGGCCAACUUCGGUACAACAACAAAUGAUUUAUCCGGGUGUUCGAAAGGACACCCAUUCAAAACCACAACAAGGUCCAAUUACUUUGCAACAACAUCCCGAACUAGAUCCAAACAGUUCAACAUAUAUUUCGAAACCACCUCCUCCGUCCAAUGGCAACGGACCUUUAUCCGUACAUACAGAUCUUAAUCAUCAACUGCAAUAUCGACAGACACCACCACAACCGAAUUCGCCAGCUGGUUCGAUAGGUAGUUCAGCAUCGCGUCCAUCCCUGCAGCAUCAGUAUCUUUUACAACAGCAACAAUCACAUCCAAACAAUAACUUCCCGAAUAGUAUGGCACCACCACCAUCAACGCUUAUACAACCACAACGUCCACAACCACCGAUUCGAUCACCACCUCCAAUUGAUAGUUCAUCAUUAUCACAACCAACAAAUGGUCUUCAGAUGACAGAUCAGAUCAGUCCAAAUCAACCACACCAUAUAAAUAAUCCUUCGAUAAUUGGCAGUCUUAAGACAAAUUCACGUGCAUCUAGUUCGAGUGGGGGUAAUAGUUCACUUACAACGGGUACUUUAGGAACACCCACAGCUAAUCCAAAGCAGGAGCAGAGGUUAACACAUGAACAGUUCCGUGCAGCUUUACAAAUGGUUGUAUCAGCUGGAGAUCCUCGAGAGAAUCUUGAUAACUUUAUGAAAAUUGGCGAAGGCUCUACGGGAACAGUUUGUAUUGCAACGGAUAAAGCAACAGGCCGUCAAGUUGCUGUUAAAAAGAUGGACCUACGCAAACAGCAACGAAGAGAGCUUCUAUUUAAUGAAGUUGUCAUAAUGCGUGACUACCAUCAUCCCAAUAUAGUCGAAACAUAUUCCAGUUUUCUAGUAAACGACGAAUUGUGGGUGGUAAUGGAGUAUUUAGAAGGUGGUGCACUCACCGAUAUUGUAACACAUUCCCGUAUGGACGAAGAACAAAUUGCUACUGUUUGCAAGCAAUGCCUCAAAGCGUUGGCUUAUCUUCAUUCCCAAGGUGUCAUACAUCGAGAUAUCAAAUCGGAUUCGAUUUUGCUUGCUGUCGACGGACGUGUAAAGCUUUCCGAUUUUGGUUUCUGUGCGCAAGUGUCUCAAGAAUUACCGAAACGUAAAUCGCUUGUUGGAACUCCAUAUUGGAUGUCACCAGAAGUUAUUUCACGUCUCCCCUAUGGACCAGAAGUUGAUAUCUGGUCGCUUGGUAUAAUGGUCAUAGAAAUGGUAGAUGGAGAGCCUCCAUUCUUUAAUGAACCACCGCUGCAAGCAAUGCGACGUAUUCGUGACAUGCAGCCCCCGAAUCUUAAAAAUGCUCAUAAAGUAUCACCGCGCUUGCAGUCGUUUUUGGACCGCAUGCUAGUUCGUGAUCCAGCUCAAAGGGCCAUAGCUACUGAAUUGUUAGCUCACCCUUUCCUCCGUCAAGCCGGUCCACCAUCUUUAUUGGUACCACUUAUGCGAAACUCAAGGCAGCAUAACUGAAGUAGAUAACUUUGGAUUACUAUUUGUAAUUUAGAAGUUAACGGAAUUGAAAAAUACGAAUAUGCACCAUUGUCUUUGAUAAAGUCCAUUUAAAACAUUAAAAAAAAAUACUUAAAUACGAAUUUUACAUUAAAUAUAUAAAUAAAUAUAUUAUUUAAAUGAUAUAUGUAUGUAAAAUUAUUUAUCUUAUAUUGACACUCGAAAAUAAGUUUAUAAAUGUUGUAAGUUUAUUUACCUUAAUCGUGCCUUAAAGAUUAAAAAAAAACAUCGAGCUUCAAUAAGACAAUAACAAAACUAGCACUUUUUUUCAAAAUUAAAUUGUAAAAGUUUUAAACUUUAAAAAAAAUUGUUAUUAAUUCCAGAGUAGAAUAGUUAAAUGCCAUAGAGCCAGAUUAAAAUUUAUUGACUUAAUCUCGACAAGAGCCUAGGUUUCCUAUUUUUAUAAAAAUAAAUUGGAUUGAUAUAUAAUUGAGCGUGUAUAAAAAAUUCAUUGGACAAAUAUUGCGAAAAUAUUAUUAUGUUAUUAUUUUUGAUCCCUAAAAAUAUUAAAUGGGACAAUUAUUAUUAUUUUAUCUUAACAGCGAUUAUGAUAGUUCAAAAAUA